AUGCAACUGCUGGACGUAAUGUUCCCACCGCCUCUUCUGGCGACAGGCCGCUACGAACGCCUUCCAGUGCGUCAGAGCGUUUCGUUCGGCUUCCAAGGCCAACUUCUUUUGAUUGCGGACUAA